UUAAGCAACUCAUACAUAGUGGACCGGCGACUCCGGUGGGUCUGGGCUGCCCAAGCCGUCAUUUUUUGAGAUGCGAAACAUCCCGCUCUUCUCUCUUUCAAAAACCCUUCAAACUUUUCUUCCCUAACACCGAUAGCCGUUAGAACGAAAAAAAAAAAAAAAAAAAGAGGAAAACCCUCAGAGGGGAAAAAAAAAGAAGAAGCAAUGGCGACGAAUAUCGGAAUGAUGGAUUCGGCUUAUUUCGUCGGAAGAUCUGAGAUUCUUGCGUGGAUCAACUCCACUCUUCAUCUCAAUCUCUCCAAAGUCGAAGAGGCAUGUUCCGGUGCGGUUCAUUGCCAGCUGAUGGAUGCGGUUCAUCCUGGAAUGGUGCCGAUGCACAAAGUCAACUUCGACGCCAAAAACGAAUACGAGAUGAUCCAAAAUUACAAAGUCCUCCAAGACAUCUUUAUCAAACUCAAAAUCACCAAGCAUAUCGAGGUGAGCAAGCUAGUGAAAGGGAGGCCGCUUGAUAAUCUGGAGUUCAUGCAAUGGAUGAAAAGAUAUUGUGAUUCUGUCAAUGGAGGCGGUCUUCAUAAUUACAACCCAGUGGAAAGGAGAGAGGCUUCUAAAGGAGGAAAAGAAGUAGGCAAGAAAUCAGCACCACAACAAUCCUCAACCAAGGGUUCAACUGCUGCUCCUAGACCUCCAUCUUACCAUGCUCAAAGGAACAGCAACGAUGUUUCAUCAUCCAUGAACUCGUCAAAUCAAUCAGCAAAGACUUCAUCCAAACCAUCUAUGUCAAUGGCUGCUUAUGAUAAACAGAUCACGGAAUUGAAGCUGUCUGUUGAUAGUCUUGAGAAAGAGAGGGAUUUCUACUUUGCAAAGUUGAGAGACAUUGAGAUUCUCUGCCAGACUCCUGAGAUUGAAGACUCACUGAUUGUUGCAGCUAUCAAAAGGAUUUUAUAUGCUACAGAUGGUGAUGCAUCAUCAGUGGUGACUGAAGCUCAAGCCAUGGUGUCUCUUCACCCCAAGGAAGCAGAGGCCUUGAGUCCAAUUGCUGAGGUAUCAGAAGAAAAAGCCAGUUUUGAAACCCAGAAGAGGAAAAACAUUUUGAACAUCGAUGUUGAUGCUGCUGAAAUUACAACAUUGUCUCAAAGGCAAAAGCUCUCUGAUGCUUCUGAUGUCCACUGCAGUGGGUCGCCUCUUAUGACUUACUGAUCAGCAAUCUGCUAUAGACUUUUAAGAUAUGGUUGACAAUACAGUUUUGUCCAAUUUCCUUGCCAUGUAUCUACAGUUCUGUCUUGUUUCAAUUGUAGUUCAACCAGUAGUGUUUAGAACGGGACAUAAUAUAGUCGUGACCUGAAUUGUUUGCAAUUUCUGUUCAGAUCGUGUUGUGCAUUUGGAAAGUGUAAGAAUGACAUACUACUCUAUGUUUCCUUUCUGCUUCAGGAGGCCAUUUUUAACUGAGGUUGUGCUCUAUAAAAAUUUGAGAUGAUUGUCUAGCUAGACACAUUUAUUCAGCUUCCUUAAAGCUCUUAAUUCAAAGGACAAAAGUUGUGAAAAGAGAAAGAAAUCAUAAAAAGAAUACUGGGGUGAUAAAAGGAGAAAGAAAUUUUGAAAAG